GCCUGACCGCUUACAGCUCACGAGCGCUCCAUCUUAUUGUUGGCCCGUAUCACGGCAUAAACCAGAAACGACAGGGUCUCGUUUACAGGUCCGUCUCCAUCAAACUAAUCAGAUUCUCAAUAAGUAUCAUGUAUAUCGCUUAAUCCACGUUCUAAUGAGCUAGGAUCGGCUCCAAGAAUUCGCAGGUGUAGGAGGAUACCUAAUAUCAGCCACCAAGUUUGCGCGCCAUUCGGCUUUUCGGCGCUACUCCCUUCACGUUGCUCUCGAAAACCCCACUGCCCUUCUUAUAAACGUAGAGGUAGUAAUUGAAUGCAACGUUUCUAUUUUCACCCUUGCUCCCUUGAUCUUUUCCAUUUGCCCCCAUCCUGUCGUCUUCUUGUAACCAACAUCAACAUGAAGACGACUCUCAGACAGACACUGCAGAGUGCAGUGCCUUUCCUCCUUCUCGCUAAUCUCUGUACGGCGAAGACCGUUACUUAUGAUUUCAAUGUUACUUGGGUUACCGCCAACCCCGACGGUCUUGCCGACCGCAAGGUGGUUGGAAUCAACGGACAAUGGCCACUGCCAAUAAUUGAGGUGGAAAAGGGAGAUCAAUUGGUUGUGAACAUGCACAAUGGACUGGACAAGGCUUCAAGCAUCCAUUUCCACGGAAUGUAUCAAAACACAACAACGGAGAUGGAUGGCCCGGCUUAUGUUACACAAUGCCCCGUUCCCCCAGGCAUGGACAUCACCUACAAUUUCACCGUCAACCAGAACGGCACGUACUGGUACCAUUGCCAUACCGAAGCCUGCUAUCCAGACGGAUAUCGACAAGCUCUUCUCGUCCAUGACAAGGAUGCAUAUUUCAACGAAAAUGUGGAGGAGGAGUUCACCAUCACAUUAAGUGAUUGGUAUCACAGGAUGACAGAGAGCAUUGAGCCUGAGUUUUUGUCGCUUUACAAUCCCACGGGCGCGGAGCCGAUUCCACAGUCAUUCCUUUUCAAUGAUACCUUGGGAACAAGUAUCAGUGUGCAGCCAGGCAAGAAAUACUUACUGCGACUCAUCAACGUUGGUGCUUUCGUCGCCCAGUACUUCUACAUUGAAGAUCACGAGUUCACCAUUGUUGAGGUCGAUGGAAUCUACACAGAGCCCAAGGUUACCGACUUGAUCUACAUCUCAGCAGCUCAGCGCUACACCAUUCUUCUUGAGACAAAGAAUUCCACGGACAAGAACUACCCUAUCGUCACAGUAGCAGAUUCUACCCUGCUCGAUCUGAUUCCGUCAGACUUGCAGUUAAACCAUACCGACUGGCUGGAAUAUAACAAGGACGCGGCUCAUGAUGAAGCAGUCAUGAAAGUGGAGGAAUCGAGUGAGUUGGUUCCUGCCGACGACGCAGCAUUGGUACCGUAUGACCGGCAAGCCUUGUUACCUGAGCCGGACCUUGAGAUCACACUGAGCGUCGUCAUGGACAACCUAAUCAAUGGCUUCGGUUACGCUUUCUUUGAUAACAUCUCCUACACUCAUCCCAAAGUGCCAACUCUCUUCACUGUCAUGUCUGCUGCUGAAGAUCAGGUCUCCAACGCUGAGAUCUAUGGCGAAUUCACGCAUCCAAUCGUCCUCGAGCACAACCAAGUCGUCCAGAUUGUCCUGAAUAACGCUGAUACUGGCUCACAUCCUUUCCAUCUCCACGGACACGCCUUCCAGGUCAUCGAUCGGUACCCACCCCAGGGUGAGCACUUUUACGAGCUGGCCGACGUCGCUGAGCCGGUUGAGUUCGAUCCGAAUAACCACACUGCAUUUCCGGAGUACCCGAUUAGGCGCGACACACUGGUCAUCCCACCGCAAGGCUACCUCGUAAUUCGAUUCGUGGCCGACAAUCCGGGAGUCUGGCUAUUCCACUGCCACAUCGACUGGCACUUGAUGCAAGGGCUGGCACUAACGCUCAUCGAAGCCCCAGAUCAGAUUAGAGAGCGCGUGAAAAUCCCGCAAAACCACUACGAUGUGUGCAGCGCGGCAGGCGUAGCGGUCCAAGGAAACGCCGCCGGAAAUACCCAGGACUACCUCAACCUCCAGGGCCAGCCUAGGCAGCCCGCCUGGCUGCCCGCUGGCUUCACGCCCCGCGGGAUCGUUGCGUUGACGUUCACGAUUCUCGCGGCGCUGCUCGGCCUGGCUAGCAUUGUCAUCUACGGCCUCUCGGAUCUCACGUAUGGAAAAGAAGACUCGUCGUUGGCGGGCGACAGUCAGGGCCCAUUGGAGGAGCCUGGAAGCACGCCUCGUGAGACGGUGGAGGCUAAGCGUAAUUAGGGGAGCGAUAGCAUCGUUUUUGGGAUCCGGGUGCAAAGUAAAUACCACUUGUUAUGAUAGCUAUGAAAAUAUUAAUUAUCUCCUUUCAAGAAUGAAUCGAAGUUCGGUCUCUCAAACUGCAUGUAUGCUCUACUGAGCGCAUUCUGAUCCCGAGCCUUUUCUUACCCAAUGUACCCGUGUAUUCUAGAAGUAUGAACGAUGCGAUUCAUUUCGAACUUGCAGGGAACAUGUACGGCCCUAUCACCAAGAUGGCAGCUAGAAGCAGCCUAGGUAUGAAAAGAUCUUAC